AUGCUUUGUGGAGUUGUCCUAAUGCCCAAAAGUUUGGAAAAAAGUGCUGCUCAGGGAGGUCGUUCUUGUGCACAAGAAGUGAUCUUCAACAGAGCUCAUUCCUUGGCUGAUGAAUAUGGAAGUCUUGUGAAAGGGGAACCUAAAUUAAUUGUAGAGAAACCAACCAAAUGGUCUCCUCCUCCUGUUGGUAAAUAUAAACUGAAUGUUUAUGCUGCUUUUAUUCCCGAAACAGGAGUGGGUGGAAUUGGUGAUGUUGUUAGAAAUGACAAAGGGGAAGUGAUGGCGGCUAUGGCCCUUCCUCUUGCCACUGCCACCUCACCUAACCAUGCAUAG